GUCCUCGUCUCGUCUCGUCGCCGGCGAAGCUCACCGACGACGCGACGCCACCCCAGCCGCCGCCGCAGCCGCAGCCCGGCGACCGGCGGCGCCGCCCCCGGCUCCCUGACCCGCCGCGGCCGCACGGGGGUAAGGCGGUUCCCCUGUCGGGGCUCUCGCCGCAGCUAUUUUGGGUGGUCAUCUGCCUGUCCCCCGAUUGAACAGCAGGGAUCGAUUCCUUGUUGGGGUUGGGCAUUUCGGCUUUGAUGGGAGACGCCAAGGAAGGAGAAGAGGAGCGGCCGCGCUGCGUCGGCUGUGGCCGGCGUGUGAAGACGCUCUACAUGCAGUACUCCCCGGGCAACAUCCGUUUGAUGAAAUGCGAUACCUGCAAGGCUGUUGCUGAUCCCUACAUCGAGUGCGAGUUCAUGAUAAUCUUGAUUGAUCUGAUUCUACACAAGACAAGAGCAUAUCGUCAUCUUCUAUUUAAUAAGUUGAGGAUUUAUUCAUCACUUGACAAGGGAGUACUGGUGUUGUCCAUUCUGACGCAUCUUGUUCUUGAUGCAUUCAGAAUAUCUUUUUCAAGAGGCAACAUAGCUGAUGGGGAUUCUUCCAUAAACAUAUUCUCAGCGAUUCUCAAUUGCAGCAAGGUUCUGGGCGAUGCAUUGUUAGGGAACAUCGUAUUUAUGACCAUGUUAUUCCUGGAAGUGCAAUUUAUCCUAAAACUAUCUUUUGAUAUUAGAAGGUAUAGGGAGGUUCUGUUAGCCGUCAUCAUUUCAAGCUACUUCAAGUUAUUUCUCAUGGCAAUGAUGGUUUGGGAGUUUCCGUCAUCUGUUAUAUUCUUUGUUGAAAUUUCUGUUCUCUCUUCAAAUACUGUAGCACUGAGAGUUGUGACGGAGUUUUCAAAGGCCCAUUGCUUCGGAGUCUGCUUUGGAGCGCACGCAGCAAGAUACCUGACUGAGCGAUGGCUUCUCGGGGCGCCAUGAACCCAACCGCCGUGCUUCCUGCAUCCAUCAAGCUCCCUGUAGCUCGUGGUGCCCCCCAAAUUCAUCAGGAUUCAGGACCACCCGCCAUGCUUCUUGCGUCCAUCAAGCCCCGUGUAGGUAGCUGUACUCCCCAGUUUAUGCAGCAUCUAGGCAUACUGUGCCGCUUUGAUGAGCUUGCUCUGAUGAAACCAAAUGUGAUCAUUUGCAAUGCACUCACUGACUAUGAUACACACUGUUCCUGUGAGUUGCAACUGGAGUGUCUCUUAGGCCUUUUGUACGAGAUGUUGAGCAAUCCUCUCCUAGUUUCCCCAUCUAACUGGGGACAGUACAUUACUUUAUGGCUGGUCUAUUUUCUUGUACUUAUAUGCCCAACGCAGUAGCUGCUGCUGCUCCUGUUCAGCGAAGUACGCAAUGAAAGGGCCUGUUCACCUUCUGAUGA